AUGCCUCACAAACACAAGCGCAAAGCCGAAUACGACGUGAACAAUUUCGACCUCCCACCCUCCAUCCGCGCCGCACCUCUCCCCGUUGGCAAGAACCCCACCGCACCCGCACAAAAGACGAAGAAGCGAAAAACGUCUCACAUCCAAGGCUAUGGCACCGACGACACGCCCAAAGCUUUCGCGCGCCUCAUGGCCUUCCAGCAGAACCCCAAGCGCCGCUCCGGCCUCGACGACGGCGCAAAGCCCAAGAAAGCCCCCAAGCAGACCACGCAAAAGCCCUCUCAACAUAGCGCAGCCACGGAAACAGAGCAAGCGUCCUUGCCAAACAGCGAGGCGCAGGCUCUCCCCAAACCGGAGCUCAAAAUCAUGCCUGGCGAGAGUCUAAGCGAGUUCAGGCAGCGAGUCAACCAGGCGCUGCCGCUGUCUGGCAUCAGCAAGACGGGCAAGAAGACGCCUGGGCUAGGCGAUCACAGAGUCACGAAGCACGAGCGGCAUCUCAAGCGGCUGCAGGAGGGGUGGCGCAAGGAGGAGGCAAGGAUCCGUGACAAGGAACAGGAAGCUGCUGAGCUUGCGGAGGAGGAGCGGGAUGAGCUUGACGCCAUGUGGGAAGAUAAGACUGCUGAGUUGCCGAGCGCCGCUGGUGGGAAGAAGAAAAAGGCCAAGAAAGGGAAGAAGAAGCUGGUUGUGGGCGAGGUGGAUGAUAAGGGAGAGGACGAGUGGGAGGCGCUGAGGAGGAAGAGGGAGGAGAGGAAGGGCUUGCAUGAUGUGGUGCUGGAGCCGCCGAGUUUCAAGAAGGUGCCGAGGGAGAUUUUCAAGGUGAAGGGAGGGGCGAAGGUUAAUGUGGGGAAUGUGCCUAAUGCUGCGGGAAGUUUGAGGAAGAGGGAGGAGCUGGGCGAGGAGAGGCAGGGGAUUAUUGAGACGUAUCGGAAAAUUAUGGCCGAGAAGCGCGGGGAGUAG